GGGUGCAUUCCUUCCCAGCAUUCCGCAGUGACGCUGGCUGACACGGCUUAGCAACUGCCUAGCGCUGCACACAGAGUGAAAAACGUAACUUUUUGGUUGACGAAAUUAUCCUUGCCUUAUGCUUUUGACUGGAUUACUGCAAGCUCUGGACGCUUUUAGCUGGUCUGCUGUUGCCAGCGGAUCGUCGAGGGAGUACGCUCCAUAAUGACAUAGCAGCCGGGACCCUUCUAGUGGCUCCACAGCUCGUCACUGGUGCAGCCCGGUUGUGCCCAGUCCAGUAUGGUGGACUGUCGUGGAUCUCCUCCAACUAGAAGUGUGGUCCAUUUCCCAAGUAAGCUGUACCCGCUUCUCAAGACCUUCAUGACCGUGCAUCCGAAUGCUAGCUGCACCGACAACUGCUCGGGCCAUGGCGAAUGCCACCAGGGCAUCUGCUUCUGUGAGGUGCAAUAUAGUGGAGGAACCUGCACUGACCCCAACCUCAGCUAUUUCGUGGCUUUUUCAACCAUCUUCUAUUUAAUUUGUGCUGUCUCGUUUGUCCAGUUGCUUGUUUGCAUACGAUCCGAAUUUAGUCGGAUCAAACCACCUUCGCUUCUGAAAGCUUUCAAAGUGACCACGCAGAAGGCCCUGUACGCACUUAUCUGUAUUGCCACCUUUGCUAGAGGAUUCUACUUUUCAUCUCCAGAAAAUGCAUCUUUAGAAUGGGCGUCUAGUUUGAUGAGCGCUUACUACCCGCUGCUCCUCACUGGUUCAUCUCUUAUUGUCUGCUUUUGGGCUGAGGUGUUUCACCUCCGUGACCUCCGGCAUGACAAGCCUCGUUUCCUUAGCAAGUCAUUUCUUGGCUUUCUUGCAUUCAACAUCAUCACCUAUUCGCUCCUGCUGGCAGAGUUAGUGCUCACACAAUUCGCUGGCUAUGGGGAAACGGAAAGGAGCCUUUUCUUGGGCGUGUUCAAUGGCUCCUUUGCUGUCCUCAUGGUCAUUGUGGUGGUUUUCUUCCUGAUCUAUGGAGUGGAGGUCUACUUCAAGGUGCGUGGUGCUUUUGUGGCCGGGCCCCCAACGCUUCCCAACAUGUCGCAAGUGCACCAGUCACGACUAGGACUUGUUGCGUUUGCCACUCUGCUGCUCACGAUGGUGUUGUUCAUCUUCUCUGAUGUCAUGGGCUCCUUCUGGAAGGAUAAGUUCUGUUUGGUUGGCAAAGUGAUCAGAAGGUUUUGCCGUCGAGUCGUCAAUGCAGCGUCACCUCCGGGAGCUGCAUCGCUUAGUUUUCCGGAGACGGGCAUUGGGGCUGCAUCGGGGACAGUGGGCGACAAGCCUGCGGUGAUAGGGACAAUGGUCGUCAAGCUGGUGGCGAACGGGGCUGGUGGCAUUGGAAUGAUGAUGAGCGACUGUUCCAAGGAGCACAAGCAUCAUCGUUUGGCUGUUGCAGUGCCAAUGGAGGCUGAAUUCAGACCGCAGCAGCUGUGGAUCCUGAACCCGAAGAAACUCCUCGUGCGCCGAGAGCCUGAGAAGGUGGUCCCAACAGGCACAGAGUCGGAGGCCUUGUUCUCGGUACCUAAAGAGCUGGCCAAGAGUGGAGACAGCCUCAGCUCUCUUGAAAAAGUACCAGAAUGCUUCAUCUGCUAUGAUACGGAAAGGACUGAUGCAGGACCCCUGAUUCGCCCGUGCAACUGCAAGGGGGAUGUCUCUGUGGUGCACCAUGACUGCCUUCGUACCUGGCUUAUUGAGUCUGCUGGAAAUUCAGACAGCAACCGUUGCAAAGUCUGCAAUGAAGAAUACGAGUUGGAACGUGGAGAGGUUUGGCUGCCUAGUGGCCUGUCAACGGCUCACUGGCUGCAGACGGCUGCUGUGUUGGUCAUCAUGGGCAGCGCAGUCUCAGGUGCCUGCCUGGUUGUCAAGGUCUUCGAUAAUGUUGGCAUCCGCACCCUUGCUGUGGGCCUCGCCCUACUGGUUGAAUAUGUGUGCUUGCGGCUGUUGGGCAUCAGCGUGUUGGAAGCCUACCAGCGUGCCAAGUACUCGGCAGUUCGUAUCUUGGGCAAGCGGCUGUCAGGUCCCGGCACUGAGCGCAUUGUGACAGCCACUCCGAGUGCCCGCCUUGUAGUGCCUCGCACUGGAGGGCACCUUCCAGCUGACCAUCGUGCUAUGCUUACCACUGCACUCGUGGCACCGCAGCCAGCCACUGACUCGGAACUUGUCAUUUGAGCCCUUGUCUCCUUUCUUUCCUGUCUGUGCCUCCCCCCCAAUCCGUGAGAGAGCUGCUUUUAGAGGGGCUGCAUUGCUCUGCUGCUGACAAAAUUGCAACUCCACACUCUGGGGGACGCAAUGGUUGGGUGUUCCAGGCACCUGCUCCUUGUAGCCACCAGUAGGUCCGUGUUCAUAGUGGUGUUCACCCCUCAUAAAAUGCUGCCUAAAGGUAUGCACUAUUGUUCAGUUUGAGCGUCCCUUUGCACACCUCCUUUCCAAUGCUCAUUUUGCAUGUGACCUUCUACCCACGCAGCUAGGUGAACGCUUGUGAAGAAAAAAAAGAAAUAGACAUCGUGACUAGCAAGGACAGUGCAUAUACUGGUGCUGCAAAUAUGCCUAGUAAUUUAAAUAGGAGGUUUUUUGGUCCUGUGCGUGUGUGAGUGUUAAGUAUGUGUCACUUCCUUUCUUAUACUUGAAUGCUUUUUAGAUUCGUUUCACUCUUGAAACUCUUCUUAUUAUUUAUGAGCUUUCUGAAAAAUGUAUAUUCAUUCCUUUAGUCCAGUGUUAGUGCUGUUCACAUGGACUAAUUGCAGCCAAAGAAUGUUCACUGAACUGUACGUACAAGAAAAGGCAGUCUUUUCUUGAUUGUGCAGGUUUUCUGCCUUUAGCUGAAAUACACAAAGAAGAGCUCUAAAAGCAGCCUCUCCCAUUGAAAGCAACUGAGAAAUGUGGCCCCAAAGACAAAGGAAAAAGUGUAAUUUGGCAGGACUGAUGACAUCCCUUCAUUUGUUGCUGUCUGUCAAGUUGCAUGAAGGUGUUGUCCAGUGAUAUUUACAAAUUGGCAACCGUCUGGUGUAGUUACCUGCCCUCUUCAUGGCACUAACCACAAGCAUGCAUGGGCACAGCUGGGAUGUGCUCAGUUUUGCCAAGUACAUGUCUUUUUGUGCUGUCUUAUGGGUGGUGUUAGCACACUACCAUCUAUUAGCACACUUGUCAAGCGCACUUGCCAUGUUCUUCCCUCUUGUGUUCAGAUCUGUGCCGUGCUCUACCAUGCUUGCUCUGGUAUACUGGCAUGCGCAUGUAUGUCUUCUUUCUCUGUAAAGUAAUCUGGACCCAUUGUUCAUUAUGCCUCCUGGAGUCCUUUGCCGAGUAUAAAUAUACUGUGUCUUUCUAACCAACGUAGCUGGCGGAACCUGAAACUUGGGAGUCUGCACUACGAGAGAGGGAAAAUUCAAGGGAUGAACUUGUAAUUCUUUUCCUGGCUGUGUGUUUAGAGCUUGUGCAAUGAAAAAGUUCGUUUCACCAAAGUUGAAAUUAAACUGCCAGGCAGGCCGAGUGAGCUUUCAUCUGGAGGAUUUUCCUUCACUGCAGCACACUUAGUUUUGCUUUCACGUGACAGAUGUUUUCGCCUCUUAUCAUUAACUGGGGAGUCUGUGGUAGAAAAAAUUAGGGUUCAAGGGUGUUUUUGUGCGGUUGUGUGCAUUAGAGGCUGGUAAGGCUUGCGUAAGGCCCGGUUUUUUUGUUGCUUGCUAGUCUGGGCAGUGAUGUAAAUGGGCACUCCCUUGAUGCUUAAAACAAGUCGUGUUAGCCUGAGCUUGGCUACCAUAUUACUCAAGCAAAUACUUCUUAGGCCAUUGAGAAAUAUAUAGCAGUUCAGAAUAUUCUAACUUGCACUAUGAUUGCUGUAAGGGGAGUGCAUAUUGCGCAGCCAUAAAGGUAUUUGACCUUUAGAUGCCAGCGAUUCAGUCCAAAUAUUGACGGUGUUGAAUUCUGUAGGAGUCCUACACUUGUCCUGUCACAAGUACUUGUUUCACGGUGAAUUUAUGCAUGCAUAUGUGUGUGCUCUCUGUCACAAUGUUGUUUUCUAUAGGUUUGGUUAAAAAGAACCGGUGAAAGCUUUUUUUUUUCUUUUAUGAAUCUUGUCUGUUCCAAGACCAUUCCAGUGAUAUAUCAAAAGGCUUUCAAAAGGCAUACACUUUGGAGACUACGUCGUUAUAUAUAGCAUAGAAAUGCAUUUGCUGUAGACUAAUGUAUAUAAUCUUUACGCACAAGUUUGUUCUGCUAAAAACUGUGCAUGUAGAAAGCCAUCCAAAUGGAAGCAAAUGGAAGUCUAUUUUGCAGCACUGUAUAGUUAUGAAGAGCAUGGAACCUUCAUUCAGGCUUUAGCUGCUGUUGCUAUAUAGUGAGACUCGAGUGAUCAUCAUGCGUACCAAAAAUUUUUGUGCACAGAACAAGUGAUUAACAUCAUAUUCUACUGAGUGUUCUGGUUCUUAAUGUUUGCCAAAACAGAGUUGAACCUUGAGGUGCACAGUGUGGAGAUGGUGACAGAACAUAAUGCUUUGAAUACAGCCUCUGCUUAUGUUGUCUGUCGGAACUGUUGUGCCAAUGUUAAAAGCCAGGGCAUCAAAGACAGGUUUAUCGAAUUUGUAUGCAUGCAUUGUUUGUACUUUUCUUUUUCUAGGACAAAGGAUGUCCUGGUCACAGAAUCUCUUAAAAUGCACAAUUGCAAUAGGGUUACUGCUACGUUUUCUUUUUUGCUGAAAGUGCACUGUCGGUGAUCUGUGGCAAUACUUGUGUACAUAAAUUUGUGUUAUUAAAUUAUAUGUACUAUUUGCUUUCAUAUGCAGUCCGGUGUAAUUGCAGAAACUGUUCUGUUCCCUUUUAUAUUGGUAUUAAUAAACUUUUUUUUUUAUCUCA